AACACAGUAAAAUCCCAUCCCUCUGUGAAAACAUACAUUUGCUACAGCACCAAGGGGCGUCUCUCUGCCGCCCUCUGGCGGCCGCUUCACCUCACAGCCACAGAAACGGAUAGGCUACCGUCAAACCUGACAGGGACACACCGGGAAAAUCCCUGAUCAGCCUUUGACAAAGGCACAAAUUUGACGGAACCAGCCCACGUGAAGAAAGGAAAUGGGGGUCAGCACCUCACACACACUACCAUACCUUCCACCUCCAAUCCAACCCAACCCGUAGGAGCAUCACUGCACCCAGUCACUCAAGGACGCACCCCCAACACACACUUUGCAGGAGAGAGAGAGAGAGAGAGAAAGAGAGAGGGAGAGAGAGAGAGAGAGAGAGAGAGAGAGAGAGAGAGAGAGAUGCAGGUAUUAACUGGAGGUGGGGAGGACAGCGCAGUCUCUGCUGGCCGUCAGAAGAACAAGAGGGGAUGUGUUGUUGUAUUGAUGGCUUUCUCUCUUCCUCAUACAAGAACUCGUGUCUUCUUCCAAACGGAGACGCAGGUGUAGCCUCUUCAUCGUCUCUCCAGCGUACCACCUAUCCCAGAUUUCCAUGCGCCUCUCCUCUCCUUUCAAGUCACUGAAGGAGGAUUUUACGCGCCGAGUAAGAGUGAAGCUUAACAUUAUGUUAAAUGAAAUGUGGCGCGUCCCUUUUGUGCGCCGUCUGCCGCCGUUGUGAAUGUGAUGCCGGGUCUGCACCCUGCACAGAUGACUUGAACCGCGACUUCCGUAAAGAAAAGACUCACUCAUAACCAUGGCUGACCAGUACAGUAUGUUUCUCACCACGGCGGCCCCCCUUCGCCGUGGAAGCACACCCCUGCCUGUCAAACAUCAGCUGCGGAGGGAAGAGGCUGUAUCCGAGGACUGCGAUUGGAUCCCAGGCUUGGAGGAGCCUGCCACGUUGCCUAUUAGUGACACAGCGGUGGCUCGAGAUGAGUCCUUCAGUCAGUCACCAGCCGCCCAGUCGGCUUACCACAGCCAUGGCGGGGCAUUGAGGAUAGUGCUGCUGGGACAGAAUGGCGUGGGCAAAUCGUCGCUAGCCUUAUCUCUGGCUGGGCAGUCGGACAGAUCCCUCUCUAUAGACUCUGAGACACAAGCUUGUGGUGAGGGCUACGAGUGCACGGUGACAGUCGACGACGAGGACAGCAAAGUCAUAAUUUUCGACAACUGGAAACAGGACCUGUCUACUCUGCAGUGUGAUGUGUGCAUCCUGGUCUUCUCAGUGACUGACAGACGAAGUUUCCACCGCACCGCCCAACUCCGCCUCCUCCUCAGGGAGUCCCAGCCACACACUCCAAUCAUCCUCGUGGGCAACAAGAGCGAUCUUGUCCGCUCCCGUGAAAUCAGCACAGAGGAGGCCCAAUCCAGUGCCAUGAUGUUUGACUGCCUCUACAUGGAGCUCUCAGCCUCUCUGGACCACGGCACUAACGAGCUGUUGGAGGCAGCAGUCCGGACUGCUAGGGGUGACUGCGUCGGCCCUGGAUGGACCGACGGUGACCCUGGGGCGGGUCGCAGGGAGAGUCUGACCAGUCGAGCCAAGCGCUUCUUGGCUGGUCUGGUACCGCGCUCGUACGGCCGGGACCGGGACCGGGAUCGGGGUCGCUACCGGGAGAUGAGUCGCCACCGGGGCAGCAAGAUCCUUCGCCAGAAGUCCCGCUCCUGUCAUGACCUCAGUGCACUGUGACACACACAUGCAUACACAUAGGCAAAGAGACACACUCCCACACAUCUACACACACACAUUGAAGGAUAAGGGGGAGGGAGAGGCGUAAAACAUUGAGGAGAACAGGAAGGUAAAAUGGAAAAUAGAUGGGAGGGGCAAUUGACUAAAUGUGUCAGCAAGAAGGAGAUGAAGGACGCACAUGUGUGGGACUAGAAAGGAGAAUAGGGAGAGGAAGUGGGAGGGAAAAAACGACCUGGCUUACAGCACUGAGCUUUUAUGUCCUUGCUUUCAGAGAAACAUGUUUUGAGAGAGGGGGGGCUGAGGUAUGCA